CCCAGAAUUCACAAUACAACGCGUCUUCUAUGUUCUAUCCUGCGUUUCCUUUGUCCUCUCUCGCCGCAUCGUGGAAUUUGGGAAGACGCGGAGGAAGAGGAGGAAAGGAUCACCUCUCCCUCCGUCUUCAGCAUCGUUGAAUUCAAGGUCCCUCUCUCGUCGGAGAACUCUUCAUGUCAAACAUGGAUGCUGGUGAGAAUUUGAACCAAACCGAGGCAAAUGAGAUGCCAUCAUCUGAACAAGAGGAGGAAGUAAUCAAGAAGAAGUAUGGAGGAAUUGUACCGAAGAAACCGCCACUCAUCUCCAAGGACCACGAACGAGCUUACUUUGAUUCGGCAGACUGGGCUUUAGGGAAGCAGGGGGCUGAGAAGCCCAAAGGACCCCUUGAAGCACUCCGACCUAAGUUACAGCCCACUCAGCAGCAAACACGGUCUCGUCGUUCAGCCUAUGCAUCUUCCGAUAAUAAAGGCGAUGUAGAUGACGGUGGAAAUGCUACUGCUGAAGAGAUGAAUGAGGACAUCGACAGCAGCGGCAUUCUUCACUAAAAAGAUAAAUUUCCUGGCCUAGCAGAUACUACCUUUCCAUUUAUCGCAUUUCCAAUGUCAUGAAUAAGAAAUAAAAAUAGUCUUCUUGUUCGUAAAGGGCGAAGAGCUCAUUCCCUGAUGUUAUUUCAAUUUUCGUCAAGCAUGAAAUGAAGAACUUUCCGAGUUCAUGCCUCAACUUUCCCAGGUUCACAAUUCUAAUAUUGUUAUGGAUAUUAAACGUUCA